UUAACCGAUAAUGAUUCGGUCGAGAUAAAUAAUCUAAUCAAAGGAGUUGAAUAUCUGAUUAUCUGAAAGCAUCUCGAACGUUAAAAAAAAAAAGGUGGUAUAGUUUGAGAAAUUAGGGAUGGGAAAGAUUGAUGGAAGUGGGGAAUCCUUUAGUUUGAAAGGGAAACAGUAGAGAUGACAUAAGCAUUGUCCACUGGACCACUAAUGGUCGGAAGAGAAUGAGAAGAUAAGAAAUGCAAAAAAAACAUAUAUACCAAAAACUUGCACUUACAUCCUUAUAGUUUUUCUCAGCAUUUCUUCAUCUGGGAAAAACCAAGAAUAAAAAAUUUGUUACCACCAAAGCUUUUAGCAGUUGCAGUAGUAGUAGUAGUUUUAAGGUUAGACAAAGAAUCAGCUAAGCAAUCCUAUUCCUGUCCAUUUUAUAGUUCAAUAUCAUCAUCUCUAGCUCUACUAAUUUGGAAAUCUGGUGUUUGCGAUGAUUUUUCAAGGAGAACAAAUUGAAUCAUUUAAAGAGAACAAAGGACAAGAUGAAUCAAAUGAAGAAGAAGAAGCAGAAUUAGAUGAAGAAGCAGAAUUAGAAGAAGCAAGAGACCAACCUGAUGGUGUUGGAGCUUUGGAGUGGCUGAGCUUGAGCUUGGGACGGAACAAACAGCCUUUAAACGAUUCACAAAGAUCUGCAGCUUCAACCAAGACUUUUUCAUGCAACUUCUGUAAGAGAAUAUUUUACAGUUCACAAGCAUUAGGAGGCCACCAAAAUGCCCACAAGAGGGAGAGAAGUGCAGCUAGAAGGCACCAGGCUCAUAAAAUGAUGACUUUGCUAGGUCUUCCAAUUCAUAAUUCUAUGGUUAGAUCCCUUGGUGUUCAACCACAUUCACUUGUGCACAAACCAGGCAGGGAAGACACUGCAGUUGUUGCAAGAUUUAAUCAUGUUAAAAAUGGUUCAUGGGCAGCACCUUUCAUGUUGGGGGAUGCCAUGGACUUUAUGUGGCCAGGAAGCUUCCGUUUCGCUCAACAUCAGAUUCUCCCAGAGCCACCACCACCACGAGAACCACCAAUGGAACCAUUCAAGCUCGACCUGAGUCUCCGACUUUAAAUCUGUCUGUUGUAAUGAUAUGGGAUUGUCUUCUUCAUUCCUAUAGUGUCCAAUAGCUCAUUCAUAUAUAUCAAGCACAUGACUAACUUUAGGAGAAGUGCUAGAAUCCAAUGUGAAAUCAGGAAGAUGCAUCUUUAAUGUUAUAUCUCUUCUGCUUCAUGAAACACAAGAGGCCUGAUUUGUUUCAACCAUAAGAUGUAGAGUAUAUAAAUUACAUCAAACUAAGUAAGUAGGGUGUAAGGGGGAAGAAAAAAAGAUCAAUAAUAAUUGUAAACUUUAAGAUUCUUGCUUCA